AUGGCGCCCAAGAUCGACCCCAACGAGAUCAAGAUCAUCUACCUCCGUGCCACCGGUGGUGAGGUUGGUGCCUCUUCGGCGCUUGCCCCCAAGAUCGGUCCUCUUGGUCUCUCGCCCAAGAAGGUCGGUGAGGACAUCGCUAAGGCCACCGGCGACUGGAAGGGUCUCCGCGUCACCGUCCAGCUCACCGUCCAGAACCGUCAGGCUGCCGUCUCGGUCGUCCCCUCGGCCUCCUCGCUCGUCAUCAAGGCGCUCAAGGAGCCCCCUCGCGACCGCAAGAAGGAGAAGAACAUCAAGCACGGCGGCAACAUCGCCCUCGAGGAGAUCGUCGAGAUCGCCCGCAAGAUGCGCUUCAAGUCGUUCGCCAAGUCGCUCGCCGGCACCGUCAAGGAGAUCCUCGGCACCGCCCAGUCCGUCGGCUGCACCGUCAACGGCCAGAACCCCCACGCCAUCAUUGAGGGCAUCGACGCCGGCGAGAUCGAGAUCGACGACGAGUAA